CACCAGCGCAAAGCAAAUGAAGCAGCAGAAGUGGCGAAGAGAAGACGAUAAAAUGUCAAAUGUGACGGUCAACAAGUCUGCUGCGGUUGUGUAGCAUUUUAUUGUGUAUGGUAAUAGAGACACGUCUACAUUUUUGAUUAAUUAGUUUGCCGGAGGAGUGGAAUUUAGUGCAUCCGGGUGCUGCAUUUGUGCAUGGUGGGAAGAUGCGAAUUACAAAUUUGCGAAAGGGGCGCAUUGCGCGAAUUGCAGCCUGUGUCUUCAUACUCGUGCCACUGCUCUACCUCCUCAUGACGUGGUCGGAUGGUCAUAAGAGGGCCAAAGCGGUGCUCCAGAGUCGCUUUGGGGCCCUACACAGACCAAAGGAGGUCCCACGACUCAUUGAGGGUUGGGGAAAUUUUGAACCUAAAACAGUUGUAAAACGAACCGGCCCCGGGGAGAAUGGUGAACCACACAACUUGCCAGAUAGCAUGCAAAAUGCAGCUUCGGCUUCGGAAAUGGAUUAUGGGAUGAAUAUUGCGUGCUCAGAUGAGAUUUCCUUGGAUAGAUCGAUAAAGGAUACGCGUUUGGAGGAAUGCAAGCAUUGGGAUUACCCAACGGAUCUCCCCAAGACGAGUGUUAUUCUUGUUUUUCACAACGAAGGAUGGUCUGUGUUGUUGCGAACGGUGCAUUCGGUGAUAAAUCGCACACCUGAUUAUAUUCUGCAUGAAAUCCUCCUGGUUGAUGACUUUUCGGACAAGAAGAAUCUCAAGGAGGAACUGGAGGAUUACAUUAGGCGGUUUAAUGGGAAAGUUCGGUUGAUACGGAAUAAAGAGCGCGAAGGGUUGAUAAGGACACGAUCGAGGGGCGCUAAGGAGGCCACGGGGGAUGUUAUUGUCUUCCUCGAUGCUCACUGUGAGGUGAACACGAAUUGGCUACCACCGCUCUUGGCUCCAAUCUAUAGGGAUCGUACCGUGAUGACGGUGCCGGUGAUUGAUGGAAUUGAUCAUAAAACAUUCGAAUAUAGGCCCGUUUAUGCUGAUGGGCACCACUACAGGGGGAUCUUUGAAUGGGGAAUGCUUUACAAGGAGAAUGAAGUCCCGAAGAGGGAGCAAAAGUCAAGGAAGCACAAUAGUGAACCCUACAAGAGCCCCACACAUGCCGGGGGGCUGUUUGCCAUUGACCGGAAGUACUUCCUGGAGUUGGGAGCCUACGAUCCGGGUCUGCUUGUUUGGGGUGGAGAGAAUUUUGAGUUGAGCUUCAAAAUUUGGCAAUGUGGCGGGAGUAUUGAAUGGGUCCCGUGCUCAAGGGUAGGGCACGUCUAUCGGGGCUUCAUGCCGUACAACUUUGGGAAGUUGGCGAGCAAGAAGAAGGGCCCGCUGAUUACGAUUAACUACAAGAGAGUCAUUGAGACGUGGUUUGAUGACAAGUACAAGGAGUACUUCUACACGAGGGAACCUCUGGCGCAAUUUCUCGAUAUGGGUGACAUUAGUGAGCAAUUGGCCCUGAAAGAGCGUCUGCAGUGCAAGAGCUUUCAAUGGUACAUGGAUAACGUGGCGUAUGAUGUCUUUGAUAAGUUCCCCCCACUUCCGGUUAAUACGCAUUGGGGUGAAUUGCGAUCAGCUGCCAUUGAUACAUGCCUGGAUGCUAUGGGGCGAUCACCCCCGUCAAUAAUGGGUGUCCAGCAUUGCCAUGGGUUUGGGAAUAACCAAUUGAUGCGCCUCAAUGCAGCCGGGCAGCUGGGAACGGGGGAACGAUGCGUCGAGGGGGACAGGCAAGGGAUUAAGCUGGCCUACUGUCGCCUCGGGACGGUCGAUGGGCCCUGGCAGUACGACACGAAGACCUCAACACUUCUCCAUCGUGUUCACAAGAAGUGCAUGGCGCUCCAUCCGCAGACACUGCAACUUUCCCUGGCGGCAUGUGAUCCCAACAAUGCUUACCACCAGUGGCGAUUCAAGCAGAUCCAGCCACACUACUGAGAGCUUCCUCCGACGACAUUCCGUUGUUUGUAUUAAGUCAUAUCGAGUGAGUAUAGGAGACACAUUUCAUCAAGCAAAAUGCAUUUAUUAAAAAAUACAAUAAGCUGUCCAAUUAUUGUAUGCAAAAAGGACAUUAUGCACAAUGUAUGAGAAAGUUUUUUUCAUACUUGAAGUUGGAAAAAUUUCUUGAGGAAAAAUUUAUUGAUCAGAAAAUUAGACUUUUUAUCAGUAAAAUCUUUCAUUUCGAUCAGGAGAAUAUUUGAUUUUUUUUAUUUUAGUCAAGAGAUUGUUCUAUUUUCUUAGAAAAACAUGCCAACGGGUAAACGAUCGGGAAAACAUUAAUUUCCGGGCAAGAGAAAAGGAAAAUGAUCACAUGUCUAUAUAAAUUCAGAAGAAAUCCAACAGCCGUAAGCUUUAACACUUAGAGGACCGAACACUUUUUACCUAUGCGGAGGAUCAAAAUGGUCACAGUGUCCAUCAUAAUAAAAAAGGUCAAAUACUAAAAUGUUUUAAUUGUAGAUCUGCUUAUUGAAUGAGGAUCAAAAGUUUGAUUAAUUCUUAAUCUAUUCUAAGUAUUUUUGCACUCAAUUUCUAAAAAAAAUAUUAAAAAAAAUAAUAAUGAAAAAAAGUUGCGUAGAAUCAAUGCAAAAUUACCAAUUCAAAUCAAACUUUUUGCUACAAUUUGGCUAACUUUUCUUAUUAAGCCUGAAUAAUCAUUUCCUUCAGUUCUCUAAGUAACUAUCUGAUCACUUCCGGCAAUAAAAUGAGUUCAUACAAAUGAUUUUCAUCGCGGAAAAGUUAACAAGAGAUCCUGAUUUGGAAAAUACGGGGAAACAUAACCUCAAAAAGCUGUCAAAAAUGUAUGAGAAUUUAAAUGGACACGGUGACCAUUUUCAUCCUCCGCGUAUAAUUUCGACUUUGACCUUAAUUAUCUUUUAAAAAGAAGAAUAUUUUCCGGAUUUUCUUUCGCAUAACUUAAAGUUUAUUUGUUGUCUGAUCAUAAUGGAACAAAAUCAGGGGGCUGAAUGAAAUUUUUGGGCUCGUCGUAAAUAUUCGGAUUAUUCGUUAAUAUUUGAAUGGUUUGCCAAAGAAAUCAAAAUAUUGUAUUUUAGUCCCAAAAUGUUUAAAUUGAGGAGCAAAACCCUAAAAAAAAAACACUAAAUUGAAGCCUAAUAGCAGUAAAUUCAAAUAGAAAAAAAGUGGUAAAUUCAAGCCGAAAAAGGACUAAAUUCAAGCCUGAAAAGGACUAAAUUUAAGCUAAAAAAUAGUAAAUUCAAACCUAAAAAAGGACUUAAUUCGGUUUUUAUUCGAUUUUUAUCAAGGAAUGCUUAUAAUUUGAUUUACAAUACACAGAUCUUUGGAAAUAUUCUAAAGAUUUGCCCCGAAAAAUUCUAAAUAUUCAGCAUAUAAACACCCCAUUGGACAAAGUGAAACAUUAAUCUGAGCAAAUGGAACAUUUUUCUGAUCAAAGAGAAGAUUUUUCUGAUCAAAAAAACAUUGAACAAAACUUUCAUUGAUUUUUCUUUUAUAUUUAACAAAGUGUUGCAAAGUAUUCGAAAAUGUUUCAAAUUUCAUAUUCCUCCAUAUAUUGUGCAUAAAGUCCUUUUUAUAUGUAGGUUAAAGGACACUGUUUUCCUGAAAUGAAUGAGAUUCUUAAAGGUAUAAUAAUUCUAGAAUAUGUAUUCAAUAUUGGACAGCUUUAGCUAUUUAUCGUGAGAUUAUUGCGCCCCUGCACUGAGAAUUUGGCCAAUUUCCUCAGCAAUGUUUUUGUGGAAAACUAUCCCAGUGAUUUUAUUUUUCUUCCUUUUUCUUCUAAUCAACAAUUCAAUGCAUUAAAGACUGCAGUGGACGCAAAGGGGGCGAUCACUAAUAAUUUUAAUUUUGGGUUAAAGGAGUUUUUACUUUUAAAUUUACUUGCCUCGGGGAAUUAAAUAGAGAUGAGUUUUUUAUGCGGGGAAUUUUAUGGUGAAGGAUUUGUUUUUUAUAAUAAAAAGGAUAAUUUUUUUUAUUACAUUUAAAAGAUUAAAAGUGUUUGAAUUUAAUUUUAAAACACAAUUUACGUAAUUUUAUUGUAAAAGAGAAAAAAAGUAAUUUGUAAAAAGUUUCCCAAUUUUGUUGAUGAAUUUGGCCAAAAUUUUCAUUUUCAUCUUUCAGUAUAAUACUUACAAAAAAACAAAUACAAAUCCUUAAAAUCUUCCUUAUAACUCUUAUAGAACAAAAAGAAAAGUUAGAACAUAUUAACCAAUAAAAAAAUAUCUCGUUAGCAAUGUACUUAAAGAAAGAGAAACGUUCGAACAAAAAAAUAAUCCCACAAAAGUGCCUUUGCUCCUUCGAAAGACUGUGUAACCCACAAAAAAAAAACAAAGCAAAAUCCGAAGGAAUUCUUCCUCCCUCAGAACAACAUUGAGAAAAAAUAAUCUGUGUGAAAGAACAAUGCGUUAAGUUCUGUUGUAAAUAUAAAUUUUGUUACUUGUCCUCUAUUAAUAUUA